UAUCGUUUACGGGGUUUCAACUGGUAAAACAGAAGCAAGAGAAACUACCAAUACACGAAGUUCCCUCGUUUGAUCGUUUCCGUGUUAAAAGAAUACAGGAAGAAAAUAGCUCGUUUUCCACAGUGGAUGGAUCUCCUCCUCGCCGUAGUCGUCAUCAAAAUCCUCAGUCCUCCUUACCAGUUACCACUCAUUUAUUGGUCGGGCUUGCCUCGUCAACUUCAUUCGAACUGAAUAUCUCUGUCGAUUCCAAAGCCAAUAAUGGCUUCUCCGGCAACGUCGUCGGUGGUCAUGAACGUCAUGCUAGCGAUCUACGAAAAGAAAACUGUUACCGUCGAGAUCUACCGGCCCCUCAGGCAGUACAUCUCGCGCACCUACUCCGAACGCGAAGCGCAGAACCUGGAAGACGACCUUGAGGCCGUAAAGCAAAUGAGGGUCAACCUCGAACGCCCCUCCGACUCCCCCGAUGCCCGCCGGGACCUUCUCCAGAGCUACUACAAAGCCCUCUGUGUUAUGGAAUCUAGGUUCCCAAUCUCCCCCGACAAGGACCAUAUCAACACCAUCACCUUCAUUUGGCACGAUGCCUACAAACAAAAACAGAAGGCAUCGCAGCAGAACAUUCACUUGGAGAAAGCUGCGGUUCUCUUCAAUCUUGGUGCUGUCCAUAGUCAGAUUGCUCUCUCGGCUGAUCGAUCCUCCGCCGCAGGUCGUAUGCAGGCUUCUCACUCCUUUAUGGCCUCUGCUGGGGCGUUUGCUUUUCUCAGAGAUAACGCAUCGAUGAAGGCUUCGAUUGGUCAAUCGACUACACUUGACAUCUCUGCUGAGUGUGCCGGGAUGCUGGAGAGGCUGAUGCUUGCCCAAGCGCAGGAGUGUGUCUUCGAGAAGGUCAUAGCUGAAGGCAAAUCAGCUGGCCUUUGCGCCAAGAUUGCAAGGCAGGUUGCUUUGUACUAUGAGGAAGCUUUCGCAGCACUCAACGUAGCCCCUCUCAAUCAGCAUUUUGAUCGAACCUGGAUCUCUCACGUGCAAGUGAAGGCAGCUCAAUUCUAUGCCGAAGCUUGCUACAGAUACGGUCUGGAAUUACACGAGAAAGAAGAUAUCGCGGAGGAAAUUGCACGGUUGAAGAGUGGGAUUAGCACUUUGGCUGAUGCAAAGAAAUCAAUGAAAGGUGUUGCGCAACAACUUGUAGAUUCAGUUACUAGAUUAGAAGCUAAUUUAAAUCGCAAUCUGGAGAGAGCUGUGAAGGAGAACGAUAGAGUUUAUCUUAUGAGAGUCCCUGCGGCAAAUACUCUGCUACCUCUUCCAGCGGCUUCACUAGUCAAGUCCACACCAAUGAAUGAUAUCUUGGAUGCAAGCAAAGAGAAGAUGUUUGCAAGUCUUGUUCCUGAUAACAGUGCAAAGGCUCUUUCUAGAUAUACCGAAAUGGUUGAUGAUAUCAUCAGGACUCAAGCUGAGAAAUUGCAGCAAGGGAGUGAGAUAACCCGUGUGAAGCUGAAGGAAAUGGACUUACCAGAUUCAAUUCUUGCACUAGAAGGAAACUAUACACUACCAAUGGAUCUUAAAGAAGAUGUGGAAGUAGUGCAGAUCAGUGGGGGCCCAUCUGGCUUGGAAGCUGAGUUGCAGCAACUUAGGGAUUUGAGAAGGGUGAACCAAGAAUUACUGGCCCAGACUGAAGAACUCUUACAGCAAGAAGCAAGAGAGGAUGCUCAGUUUCGAAGCCAAUAUGGGACUCGAUGGACUAGACCUCAGUCUAGUACUAUAACCAAGAACUUGCAAGAUAGGUUGAACAGGUUUGCUGCAAACCUUAAGCAAGCUGCUGAUAGUGAUGCACGAAUUGAGCGGGCCAUUAAUGAUCAUUCAUCUCUUAUGUCCAUUCUUGAUUGCCGGCCGAUAGAAUCUGCACUUCCAACCCUUGCAAGGCCAAUCAUGUCUUUGGAUGCGAAUGAAGAUGCCAUCGUAGGAGCCCUGAAGCAGAGCUUGAGGCAAUUGGAGAAUCUUGGUGCACAUCGUGCAGGACUUGAAGACAUGCUCAAGGAGAUGAAAAGGAAGGAUGACAUAUUACCCAAAUUGAUGACAAAUACAGGCUCAUAUGAGGAUCUUUUCAGAAAGGAGAUAUCAAAAUAUGAUCAUAUCUGUGAAGAUAUUGCCCAAAAUAUUGAAGCACAAGAACAGCUAUUGCUGCAGAUUCAGGCCCAAAAUGAUGACUUUUCUGCGGUCUUUAAUCUUGAAGACUACAAAGCUUCUCGUGAGAAGACCUAUAAACAGAUUGCAGCUGCCAUAUCAAAGUUCCGAGAAAUCAGGGAGAACAUCAAUGAGGGACUGAAGUUUUAUGUUACCCUUCAGGACGCAAUUAUAAACAUAAAGCAACAGUGCAGUGAUUUUGUGACGACAAGAAACACCCAGUGCCGAGAAAUGAUUGAAAGUGCACAAAGACAAUUGGCGGGUCUCAGUUUCCAGGAUAGCAAGACUAGCACACGCUACAACAAUUACUCUUCGGUUGGGCAACCGCAUCAAAAUCAGAGAAUCUCUCAGCAGUCAGAUCCGCAGAUCACAUCAAAUCCUUCACGUCCCCAGACACCAUAUUACCAGCCGGCAGAGCAGCCAUUGCCAGCGGGAUAUGCUCCUUCUCGUCCCCCAUAUGCUGCCCCACAGCAACAGCCAACACCACCACCACCUUACCACAUCCCAGCCACCACCAAUCCUUACCAACCUCAGCAGCCUCAGCUACAGCCAGUUCAGUACGGACAACCUGCUUAUCCUGGGUGGCGGGGGUCAUACUACAAUACCCAUCCACAGCAACCUGGAGUUCAUCCUCCACCUCCAUACACCAUUCCGUCUCCAUACCCUCAUCAAAGUGGUUACUACAGACCCCAGUGAUGCGGCAUCUGUUUGUCUUUUCGUUUGAUUUGAUUGUUUUGUGUAUUAUAUUUCAUUACAUAUUUAAUGAUUGGGAUUCACCUGGCUUUGAAAUUUCCAAUUUUGGAGGCUCGGUUUAGUGUGGCUGCUCAUCUUUUUAUUGUACAGGUUGUGGCAACUCAUUUUUUAAUAAUACAUGCCUAAGCAUAGCAGGAUAUGUUAAGACUUUUUUUUUGGUA